GGGUGGGGGUAGGGGGAUCGGAUCGAUUCGAGUACUCGCACUCGAACGACUCUUUAAUCUCGAGAAUAACCGAGAAACAAACGUUACGUCAUCGUGAACCUCGAUGAAAUUUGCGACGCCAUUACUGUUUGCUGUUUAAAGUUUAAAUGAAAAAUAUUUGAAAGAUCAACGAUCGUGAAGACUGUAUUCAGUACUCCGAUCUUGUUCCGCAUAAAGACGACUCCACGGAACCAUAAAGAUAACUUGGCACGAUUCAUUACUCGCAGCAUGGAAACUCAGUUUUAUCUGUACUCUUGGCUGCUAGUUGUCCGUCACAACCCUAUGAAUGUCCCAUUCGGUUGGAAAAACGAUUGAAACCUGUACCACUGUUUCUAGCUCCAUCGUAUUCGCGUCGAAAGCAAUUGUUCGUCGAGCAGCAGCGAAGAAAUUGCUGCAGGGUCUUCGCAAGAGAUUCGGGAGGAGCAAAUGAAAGCGUGUCGACGUUGAAUAAGUAUCGUCGAUUCUGGUCUGUGAUCGGGUCACGUUUGACGUGUCGGCAACAUCAACGACAACGACAACGACGACAGGGGCCCGCGGUUCAGCGACGAGGAUGUGAUCGAGGCUUACUCUACGGCUGCGUUCCCCUGUCUAAGGGAUGUCCUCCUCCGCGGGCACCAGCUGCACCGACGCCGAGGAGGACGCCGAGGAUGUGGAGAACGACGUGGCAGGUAGCGCGCAGUCGUCUAAUUACUUGCCGUCGGGUCUCAACGAUAGCGCGCGCGAUCACCUGGAAGGACUGCGGUUAGAUGGGUCAUCGAUCGCGCGUCCACCAACCGAGGACACUUCCGCGAGCCCAUCGACGUCGUCGUGGUCGGUGCCUCGAUAAAUCCGGAUCACCGUCCUCCCCGUUCCCUUUGUCGAGGCGUCGUUCUUCACCGACGACCCUUGACCCGACGGACUCUGAGCAUAGAGUUGCUCAGCUUCGAACCGAGUCGGCGAAGGAGUUGGGACACGUGGCAAGUUGGAGGACGAGUUACGAAGCUAGCAGCCCAGUCGAAGGAGUUGGUUCGUUCGCGUUCAGGUGACGACAGAGACAUCGUAAGUGUGCCGCGGGUGGAUCCUGAGUUCCGGAAGGGUCCAACGUUUGUCACGUAGGAGAAAAUCGCGUUACCGUUAGCCAUAGUCAUUCUGUACCAUAAAGAAGCGUAAAGAAGCAUAAAGAAGCGUAAAGAAGCGGACGUUGGUUGGGAACGCCGUUCUAUCCUCGUCAGCGAGAUUAAGGUUCGCAGGACGAGGGCAAGGUGAAAAGCAACAGCCGCGGUGUAAUCUAGCUCGUCGAGGAUUACUGGAACGUGUUUGGGACAAUUUGGUGAUCGUAGUGGAAGCAAGAGUACACAGGUAUUCUGUGCGACCCGGUGCGGCGCGGCGUGCUGGUUUGGACCGGUUCCAGGCCGCGUCAAACAGGUGAUUCGGACUCGAUCCACGAUGGUGAACUACCUUCGGACGAUGGGGUUCGGUUAGUGGAGUCGCGUCUGUGUCGCGUGUGCAAAGAGAUAGGAGGAUAGGAGGAUAGGAGGAUAGGAGAAGAAGCGACGAGAGAGGCCUAGCGUCGACGGCGACAGGAUAUGCGGCCGGACUGAUUGCAUGAAAUGAGGCGAGAAAGACAGCCAGAGAUCGUCGUAGCCAGAGGCUGGCCGAGGUCCUGAUAGCCGCAGCGACCAGGAUCCGGGAUUAUCCAAAGGAGAAAGGAUGCCAGGGGGGCGCAGGGGCCUGGUCGCCCCGCAAAACACAUUCCUCGAGAACAUCAUACGUCGUAGCAGCAGUCAACCUGACAGCAGUUUUCUCCUGGCGAACGCUCAGAUCGUCGACUUCCCUAUUGUUUAUUGCAACGAAAGCUUUUGCAAAAUCUCUGGCUAUAAUCGUGCCGAGGUUAUGCAAAAGUCCUGCCGCUGCGGAUUCAUGUACGGGGAGUUGACGGACAAAGAGACGAUCGCCAGGAUCGAGGAAUGCCUCGAGGGCCAGAUUCACGAUCAAUUCGAGAUCCUGCUGUACAAGAAGAACAGUGCCCCACGAGGUAUGUCUAGCACAGGUUCGCAAAAGAGUGCUCGAAAGACCCACCACCUGAACAAGAGGCGACACACUUACAAGGAUCGUCGAACGAUCCCGGGACCAAGGGGCGGCCAUAAUGAGAGGACACUAUUCGACCUCCCACCUACUCUUGAUUUCAAAACACCACUAUGGCUGCUUCUGCAAAUAGCGCCAAUAAAAAACGAACGGGACCUGGUGGUCCUGUUCCUGUUGACUUUCCGGGACAUCACUGCCCUGAAGCAGCCAAUCGAUACGGACGACACCAAAGGUGGCCUCUCGAAGUUCGCCAAGUUAGCCAGAUCGGUCACCAGGUCCAGAUCCGUUCUUGUCUCACAGUUCAGCUCCCAUCUGCCUGCCCUGAAGGAUUCCGCGUUACCAACCACCACCAAACAAUCGCAUUUAGCUCAUAUGAUGUCCUUAAGCGGCGACGUUAUGCCGCAGUACAGACAAGAGGCGCCGAAAACUCCGCCGCACAUUUUGUUACAUUACUGCGCGUUCAAGGCAAUCUGGGAUUGGAUCAUUUUGUGUUUGACCUUUUACACGGCCAUCAUGGUACCAUACAACGUAGCCUUCAAAAACAAGACCAGCGAGGAUGUGUCUCUGUUAGUCGUCGACAGUAUCGUCGACGUCAUAUUCUUCAUCGACAUUGUCCUAAAUUUUCACACGACCUUCGUCGGUCCCGGUGGCGAGGUGGUGUCUGACCCAAAGGUGAUCAGAAUGAACUACCUGAAAUCAUGGUUCAUCAUCGACCUUCUAAGUUGCCUUCCAUACGACGUGUUUAACGCGUUCGAUCACGACGAGGACGGUAUAGGUAGCUUGUUCUCCGCUCUGAAGGUGGUGCGUCUGCUUCGUCUGGGUCGGGUAGUUCGGAAACUAGACCGGUAUCUGGAGUAUGGAGCCGCGAUGCUCAUUCUUCUGCUCUGUUUCUACAUGUUGGUUGCUCACUGGCUGGCCUGUGUCUGGUACGUCACUUUAAGGUACUCGAUAGGGAGGUCGGAUGCCGACAACGGGGUCCAGUAUUCCUGGCUGUGGAAGCUGGCCAACGUCACCCAGUCACCGUACAGCUAUCUGUGGACCAAUACCAGCACUGCACCGGAACUGGUCGCAGGACCGUCCAGGAGGACCAUGUACGUCACCGCCCUCUACUUUACGAUGACCUGCAUGACCUCCGUGGGUUUCGGGAACGUUGCCGCGGAAACCGACAACGAGAAAAUCUUCACCAUCUGCAUGAUGAUCAUCGCUGCCCUACUGUACGCAACGAUCUUUGGUCACGUCACCACGAUAAUCCAACAGAUGACAUCCGCCACCGCCAAGUAUCACGACAUGCUGAACAACGUGAGAGAAUUCAUGAAGUUGCACGAGGUGCCGAAAGCGCUAAGCGAACGGGUGAUGGACUACGUGGUGAGCACCUGGGCGAUGACCAAGGGCCUAGACACUGACAAGGUACUCAACUACUGCCCAAAAGACAUGAAAGCGGACAUCUGUGUUCAUCUAAACAGGAAAGUCUUCAACGAACACCCAGCGUUCAGGUUGGCCUCUGACGGUUGCCUGCGCGCACUGGCGAUGCACUUUACAAUGUCGCACAGUGCGCCCGGCGAUUUACUUUAUCACACAGGCGAGUCAAUCGAUUCGUUGUGCUUCAUCGUGACCGGGAGCCUCGAAGUGAUCCAGGACGACGAGGUGGUGGCGAUUCUUGGAAAGGGAGACGUCUUCGGAGACAGCUUCUGGACGAAUCCGUCCGUGGGACAAAGCGCGGCCAAUGUACGGGCUCUGACCUACUGCGACCUUCAUACUAUCAAGAGGGAUCGACUGUUGGAAGUGUUGGAUUUUUACCAAGCUUUCGCAAACUCUUUCGCCAGGAACCUCGUACUAACUUACAACCUAAGCCACCGGCUAAUAUUUCGAAAAGUGGCUGACGUUCGUCGAGAGAAAGAGUUGGCCGAGAGAAGGAAAAAUGAGCCUCAGUUGGAUCAAGCACAGGAUCAUCUAGUGCGAAAAAUUUUCUCGAGGUUCAAGACCGACGGGGAUGCCCAGAUUGGCGCGACUAGGGCCGCGAACGGACGGUCCCAACAGGAUUCCGACGAGGAGCUCACCGUGAACGUCCUGCCGCCCUGGCCCAGUUUUAGAUUCCGCAGGGAGAGACACACUGCUGACGUGGAGAAAGGAGACGGUAAAGAGGGAAAGGAUGGAAAAGAGGGAGAAUCGUCGCAUACUAGAAAACUCUCCACAGCGGAGGAGACCACUGCCGUGAAGACGCGACCGGGAAAGUGGGGACGACUGUUAGGGAGCUCGAGCCUAGACUCCGGUAGCGAGGCAGGGACCGGCGUGGACACGUUUAAACGGUCCCUGAGCGCUAGGGAUGCGCGUGCAGGAUCAAGCGCCGGUGGUAACAAGAUAUUCCCAAAGUUCGGCAAACUGAGCGGUACCAUCGAAGAGGCGGGGGACGCAGAGAGCGGGAAGGACGGUGGCCAACAGCAACAGCAGCAACAACAGCAGCAAAGCACAGUCGACUCGAAGCAGCUGCAGCUUCGUCGUUUGGAGAGUUACGACGACGGAUUGAUUACCACGCAGCCGAGCCACGAACGCGAGAUCCUCGCCGCGGUGCUCGAGGUGAAAGUGGACUUAAAGCUGGAGGUGCAACGGGUGAAUCAACGAUUGGCCAAGAUCGAGGAUAUGAUGCAGACGUUGAUGAGCCGGUUGCCAGCGUGCAACGCGCAACAACAGAAGAGUUCGAACAGCUUAGGACCAGGCGGGGGCGGUGGUUCGUCUCAGGGUCAAUCCGGUCAGUCGCAAAGUUCGUCCAGUUGUCAGCAAGGCUCUCAAGGGACGCAGACGAGCGAGCAGAAGGUGUCGUUAGCGACCACCUCGACGUCCACCACGUGUACAGAGAGCUACAGGGAGCAAGGCACCGCGACCGAGCGAAGCUCCAAGUCUCAGGAACACCAUCAUCAUCACCAUCAUCACCAUCAGUCGCAGCAACAAUCGGACAGGCUGAAAGAAACGGAUUACAAGAGCUCGCCCAGAGACGUGAGCAAAGAGUUGCUCGAAAGGCUCGCCCAGGCGUCCACCUCUCGAGGAGACGACUCGACUUCCCUCGGACCGUUGAUUCUGAGGAAACGGCGGAGCAAGUCGCGGAACAAGGGCGCUGCACCGUUAGCGCCCCUUGCCACCCAGCCUAUUAGCCCGUCCGAAGCGACAGAAACCACGCAGAUGCUCGAGUGCACCGACGAUAGGGAGCAAAGCACCGUCACCACUGACAGGAGCGACAGGUCGGACAGGAAGAGGCCUCCGCCCAGGACCAGGGAGUACUUGUGAAAGUUCUUGCGGCUCCGAACGAUCGUCUCAGCGUAUCUGCCCUGAGGAUAUCCACGCGUGAAACAGCGAAGAACGAGAUUACAGAAUAUUUGAUAUUCGAUGGAACAAGAAAGAAUUUGAUUCUGAUGUUUUUUCAACCAAAAUAAUUGCCUUACCAAGGUCUUAGUUGUUCGCCGAAAGUAUCGAUCUAAGGAAAAGUAUUCUGGAAAGGAUGAAACAACGAAGAAGAGUGCCGUAGAAGAACUCGUUCUCGUCGAAAUGGUGUAUCCUCGAGCAGACUGUUUCACCGAACAUUGUUUUUCAACGAAGUGAUAAAGUCGACGAACGAUUAAAUAAAUAAAUCGUAUUAUUGGUUAAGUUCACCGCGUACGUUUAAGUACACGCUGCAUUUUCGCUACUCGCUUCGCGUAUGGUCUUCAGCGAGCUUCAUCGAAGGUCGUCGGAACCUAAAAUAAUUGAAAAGUACUAGCAGCGUAUCGUCGAAUGUAAAAAAAAGCAACAAAGAAGGAGAAGAAGAAGAAGAAGAAGAAGAUGUUGAUGAUGACGAAGAAGAAAAUGGAGGAGAUGAAAUCUCCGGCUACUAAAAUCUGGCAUAUUUUUGCAUGGCCAAAUCACGCGGUAAAGAAACCAAGUACAUAUAUCGAAUUAACUGCUUGCGACGGCUUCUUCGAGACAUCGAACGUUAAACGAGAGAAAGAAACUAUUCAGAAUACUCACGUUCUACAACUAAGAUACACACAAACACAGACACAUACAGAUACACAUACUAUAAUUGUAGGUUUACACGCAUCUUAGGGGAUCUCAGUUAAAAUUGCAGAAGCGUGCGAUAGAUUUACGGUUCUCAGAGGCAAUCUUCUGAGAUUCCCCGCAGUAUCGAAGCAAAAUAUUCUCUUGGAUCGGUGCUGUCCACGGGGGACUUUAGGAGGUGUUCAUCAAAUCAGAAAAUCCCUUGUUCCCUAUCUACCUGAUUUACUAUGAGCCUAAGAAAAAUGAAACCCUCUCAUGGACAGCACUGUCCUGAACGAGAGCCCAUGUGUCUACGCGACCACCCUACUCGCGAUCCAAAGAUUCUCUACUUUGUUACGUUGAAAACAUGACCUAAUCCCGCGUAUGGUGGCAUUCACGGAAGCCAAACAGCAAUAUUAGGUGUAUAUAUCUCUUGUAACUACGGUCACGUGUAUAUAAGUACUCGUAAAUAAGAAAUACGGCGCGCGUGUUCGUGGCAGCGCGUUUGCGAGAGUGCAUCACGUUAACGCGUUAACUGCAAUUGAUUUUUUUUUUUUUUACUAUUGACAUUUAUCGAUUUAUGUAAUAGAUAGCUGCCUGUGAGUUAUGCAGUUCAAAUGAUUUCUGUAUAGAAAUGAACGUCUCUAUAGGGAUACUUAACAAAUUGAUCAACUUGAGUCUAAUUUAUUUGAACCUAAAAAAAGAAAAGAAUAAUUUUUUAAACAGUUAGCGCGUUAAAAUGAUUCUUUUCGUCUCUUUCUCGACUUCCAACGCAGCUUUUCAGAAAACAGACAAUUUCCAUUCGCAAGCAUCCAUCAUGAAAGAACCGGGAGUACAUUUUGUUGCGUUGCUGUCGCUUGUUAACCACUGGAAUAACAAACAACAACAACAUAUAUAUGUAUACACACAAUUCUGAAGGACAAUCAAAGAUGGAAAGUAUUGAUCUCGCAUAUAGAUCGACGCGAUUAAUCGAUUAAGGCUAUAGGUAUAUUUCGUUAGCUUAAGCUGAACCGUAGAGAACCCUGGCGUAAAGCGACGCGAACGUAUCAUUUUACACGGUGCAAAUGGGAUGGAGAUAAUUGGCGUUCAAUUAGCGAUUCUUAAAAAACAAAAUUGAUAAAGAAAGAAGCAGUUCUAAUAUGUCAACAACGAAAGAACGAAGGAAAGAGAUAAUUCAUGAACGUUGCAAACGCGCUGACAUAAACAUCGAUCCGUGUAAAUAUUAUAAAUAUUAUGCAAAAAAGCGCAGAGACGAUAGCGAGUGAAUGUAAAGUGAGUGAGUAUGUUUGAGAAUGCGAGCGAAAAAUAUAGUUAUAAUCUCAUGUUAAAACGAGGAGAUGGAUAUAUAUAUAUAAAGAAGGAAAAAAAGAAAAAGUAAUGAAUUAUCGAACAGUUAUGAGGAAUUUGUUAAUUAGGUUUUUAGCGACGGAUACGAUAUAGCUGGCUCUAUCGUAGUUUCUAUACUUUUAACAAGAAACGUUAAAAGUGCUGAAGAACGCGUGGUUAAAAACGUUUCUAGUCCGUUCGAUCGUGGUAUCGAUCGAUCGAUCGAUCGAUCACGUUGUUCGAAUUAUCGAAACCUAAGAGUUUCUCUUUUCGCGCACGUUUCCUUCGUCCCUGUUCAAUUACUCUGUCAACAGUACAUCUUUCAACUUUUUAAAACGCUAAAGACUGAUAAAUUUUUCAUCCUCUUAUACACGUACAACCGAACAUUCUCAACCUUCGUAUUGGCUCUGAGUAUCCACCGGAAAACGGUGUGAUUUUUUUGAGUAAUUUAUAACUUGCACGUACUAUAAAUUCCGCGUUGUAAGCGAUUACCUUAUAAACUAGUCCCAACACGCGAUAUCGCGUGAGCAUUAAAGGGAAGGGUUAGGUUUCACGAUUACGUUCUAAUGUUGGGUACAAGGUGGUUGCCUACAACGCGGGAGACCAGAGUUCGAUUCCCAAUGGGAGGAGCAUUCCAUUUUUUUUUUCUUUUUCCAUAAAUUUUUACACAGAUUGCUAUACAGCAGACUUUUACUAAAUAAAAACUUUAUAAAAAUUAAGUUCAAGAGAAAAAUUCGACUCGUUCGAACAGGGACGACGAGUUUCCAUGUGGAUCGAUCUACAUUACCGACGAUGCAACGACAAAACCCUCUCGCGUUCAAUCGGUAACUGAGGAAGAAAUUGUAGUACAUCGGCGAUGAAACUGUCGAGGAGCGCCCAAGAUUUAGAAAGAAGAGAAACAGAUAUAAACAUGUGAUAUUACGAUUUUAUAUAUGUAGCUGAUAUCAUUAUUACAUAUACGACCACGAAAUCGAAAUGUGUGUGUGUGUAUGUGUGUGUGUAUAUAUAUAUAUCAGCUACAUCGCAAUAAAUUGACUAUAUCGCGCUGUUAUUCUAAAAUGAAAACCGCGUCGCGACACGAGUCGUCGGUCUUAAUCAAAUAAACGAAACUCCUUUCUUUUUUCGGCUUUUCUAGGAUUAAUCCUCUGAUCUCUUCUCAUUUGAUAAUCAGAUGAUCCUGAAUAUAAAUGAUAUAAUCGUAUGUACAUGUUUUUUCCAAUUACCGUAUGCGUAUGACUCUUGUAAAAACUUGUAUACAAAUAUUUUUUCCAAAAUCAAACACACAUUUGCACAGACGACGACAGUGAUCGCUACGACGAUCGAAGAAGCCGUGAUCGUGUUGAAUUUUUUGUGAAAAUGAUCGAAGAGAGAGUCUAUAAUAGCUAUCCGACGAAAUAACAAAGAAAUAAAGAAGAAAAUAUAUAUAUAA